UGCGCCCCGCGCCGCCCCGCGCCGCGUUCCGCCUGUGGCUGGGCUGCGUCUGUUUCGCGCUGGUGCAGGCGGACAGCCCCUCGGCCCCAGUGAACGUCACCGUCAGGCACCUCAAGGCCAACUCAGCGGUGGUGAGCUGGGACGUCUUGGAGGACGAGGUUGUCAUCGGGUUUGCCAUCUCUCAACAGAAGAAGGACGUGCGGAUGCUGCGCUUCAUCCAGGAGGUGAACACCACCACCCGCUCCUGCGCGCUCUGGGACCUGGAGGAGGACACGGAGUACAUCGUGCACGUGCAAGCCAUCUCCAUUCAGGGCCAGAGCCCAGCCAGCGAGCCAGUGCUCUUCAAGACGCCGCGUGAGGCAGAGAAGAUGGCCUCUAAGAGCAAAGAUGAGGUGACCAUGAAAGAGAUGGGGAGGAACCAGCAGCUGCGGACGGGAGAGGUGCUGAUCAUCGUGGUGGUCCUGUUCAUGUGGGCCGGUGUCAUCGCCCUCUUCUGCCGCCAGUAUGACAUUAUCAAGGACAACGAGCCCAAUAACAACAAGGAAAAAGCCAAGAGCGCCUCAGAAACUAGCACCCCAGAGCACCAGGGUGGGGGUCUUCUCCGCAGCAAGGUGAGGGCAACACCCGGGGUGUUGGGGUAGGUGGGUGGCCCUUUGCCUCGUGUCCUGGGGAGUCCCUGGAUUGCCAGGGCUUGGCACAGCUGUGGCUGGCCAGAGCCAGGUUUGGCCACUGCCUGUGUGACACAGGGGACACUUGAAAUUAGUUUUUGGAUCCUCUCCCUUUGCAAGAUGCCAGGGGCCAGUGGUGGUU